AUGGAUGGGACAAAAAGUGAGAACGAACAAGAUGAACACUAUAGUAAUAGAGAUGCUGAAGAAAUAUAUGAAAAUCACGCUGUCGAAACACCAAAUGUCUACCAGAAGGAUUUCGAAGCAAAUGCCGAGAACACAAAACACUAUAAUGUUUCAGAUACCAUAGUACAUGAUAAUAUUUUACAUAAGUGCAUCGAUAACGCCAAACAAGAGGAUGUAGUUUCUCACACAACCUGGAUUUUUGUUGCCAACAGUCAGGACAGAAUACAAACCCCUGGACCAUAUGAGACAGCAGAUGAAUAUCUUGCCAGAGUACUAACAAAAAUUAUAAUCAUUCAAAAGUAUUUACGCCGAUGGCUUGCAAAAAGAAAAGUAGCGCGUCUUAAAAAAAUAAGGGAUGAUUACAUUGCUUGGGAAAAAUCACAAUCUGAAAAAUACAAAAAUGAGGUUGCUAGAAGAAUCGCACAUGAUUUUGAGCGAAGGCUUCAUCCUAAAACUGUGACUGAUUUUGAUCGAUUAUAUAACGCUUUAGAAUUGUGGCGUAAAGAAGAAGUAGAUAAAAUAGAAGAAAAAAACUUAACGGAAGCAGAAAAGAAAGCAGCUCUAGCGUUGCUUUUGGAUGAAGAGGCAGAAUUGAUAUCAGUUAUAAAUAAACAUCAAAUAAAUAGAAGCAAGGAAGUUGCUGAAAACAAUCAAUCUCGUUGUCUAAAAAAUGCUUCAGCUCCUCAUCGUUGGAUAUCCUCAGUCAAUGGAAGAAUAACUGAAGUAGCCACAGCUGAAACGAUUCGUGCAAAGGAAUUGCUGGAUAUUUAUGAAAGUUUAGGUUUGGAAAAUCUAACACAUAAUGAAAGGCUAGAUAUACUUCUGACACUGAAACAAACAGUGAGCUCAUGCAAUACAAAGAUUUCUAAGGAGAUAAUGGGAUUGGUUGACAGAGAAGCAGAACUAAUUAUGCGUGAUAUUCCAGGUAAAAUUUUAUCCGGACUGAGACAAAGGAUUCGCAACAGAUUCGUGCAGUUUGCAAAAUCACCACAAGUUAAUCCGGAAGUAGGUAAGUACCUUACAGUACCAACAAACGUAAAAGAAACAACUGUACCCUUGUUAGUAGAUGACAUCCAAUACUGUAUCUCUUGUCAAAGAUACUUAAAGAAGAACUUAUUCCCACUCAGCUCACGAGCGAACAAACUAUCCCAGUGUAAAUCAUGUAGAAGAAGUGAUAAUCGAGGACGUGAGAGAUUAGAUCUUGAACCAUAUCAAUAUAUUCUGACAGAACUAAGACAAAAUGAGACUAGACUUGUGGAAAAGAUGAAAAGAGUGGCAAUAGAAAACGCACGAGAGGAAGAAUUACAGAGGUUAGAGCGAGGUGAGUCUCCAAGACCGGAAACAGAUGCCAUUAUUGACGGGACACAUGAAGAGACUGUAUGUGUAAAUCCACUGCCUUUCUUAAUCGAUAAAGAAGACAUACGAUUUUUAAUAGACCAAAUUUGGGAAAGUCGCUCGGUUUUAUCAGGUUGGACAAAUCUAUUUGAUUUGACACUGACUCGAUGGGAUAUUAAUGAACCAUGGUCACCAUGGAAUACUAUAGUUGUUACCAGAGAAGAAGCUGAAAUUCAUGAAAAUUUAAGUAAACUUAAAGUAGAAGAAACUUACGCAGAUCCUUUGAUUAAUUUGGUGAACCAACGACUCACAUUGGGUAAAAACGAGUUUAUAAAAUUAUAUAGAAACGGUCUUAGAAUGACUAAAGAACUAUUAGUAAAUAAUAAACCAAAAGAGAAUCGAAAAAACACAUCGGAAAUAUGCCAGAAGUUAACACAUUUACGAACUCAAGCACAAAUACAUUCAGUUCAGUCUUAUGAGUCCCCAUGUAAAUCACCAAAGGUAGAAAUUUCUACUAAAAAUAAGGCAUUUAAAACAUAA